AUGCGAUGUGUGUCAUUUGAGAAAGCAGUGCAUUCUAAUGUUAUGCAUUCUAACAUUAUAAUCAAUAUAGCUGAGGCGUAUGGAUUGCCCUAUCUACCGCCGUAUCUAGCAAUUGUGGAUGGGGUCAAGUAUGAAAAUGGAGUGAACUUCGCAGUUGCUGGCGCUACUGCACUUGAUGCCGAGUUUUACGCAUACAAGAAACUGGGACACUUUCUAUGGACCAACAAUUCGUUAAGUGUUCAGCUUGGCUGGUUCAAGAAGCUCAAAUCAACCUUAUGCACAACAAAACAAGAAUGUGACAACUAUUUCAAGAAGUCACUGUUUCUGGUGGGAGAGAUUGGUGGAAACGACUACAAUUACCCGUUAUUUGGUGGUGCAAGCCCGAAAGAGCUCGAAGAUUUAGUGCCUCUAGUUCUUGAAAAGAUCAUUUCAACAGCUAGUGUAAGACUUUUAAUCAUUCAAAUUAAAUUACCUCCCGAAUCUUCGCAGGAAGGUUGCUUGCCAGCGUACUUGACCCUCUUCCUUACACUGGAGAAAGCAGCCUACGAUAGAAAUGGGUGCUUGAGAGCGCACAACGCUUUUGCAAAGUUUCACAACAAGCAACUCCAGUUUGCUUUGGGUAGCUUGAGAGCUAAAUAUCCGCAUGCUAACAUCAUGUAUGCGGAUUACUACAAUGCAGCUAAGAAAUAUGUUCACAAUCCGCUACAUCAUGGAUUCACAAAUGGGGUAUUGGUUGCAUGUUGUGGAGGAGGAGGAUCUUUCAACUUCAACAGUAGCGCAAGUUGUGGGCGCACUGGGUCCAAAACAUGCACUAAUCCUUCUACAUAUGCUAAUUGGGAUGGAAUUCACUUAACUGAGGCAGCUUAUGGGUUUAUAGCCAAGGCUUUAAUUCAUGGUUCUUUCACAUCACCGCCUAUACACUAA